UUUGAUACAGAUUUCUUAGGUUUAUAUUCAGCUUUUGGUUUUAGAAAGAAAAACAACAUUACAGUUGAAUAAUAUUCGUUUAAAAAUUUAUAUUUAAUGUUUUUUGGUGCCGUUAAAAGUUUCCUUCAAUCUGUUUAAAAAGCAUAACAAAUUUCAUAAAUCGUUUAGAAGCAUUACAUGAUUUUUAAACAUCCUUUAUACAACUAUUCGAAAACUAUUAAUCAAUUAGAUUAUUAUGAAAAAAAUGAGGAUUGUUUUCUAUAUUGAAAUUUUUUAUUAUCACUUUUAUUCUGUUAGUUUAUUGAACUAUGUAUUUGGAAAAUUUAGGUAAUUAAUUUCAUCUCAAUACCUACAUGGGAUUUGAACAUGCCUCCAUCAAUCCAUAGUCGCCUGCAUACCACCUGAGCUAUCCUGGGUGUUAAAUGAGACGUAACUAAACAUAUAUAAAAACUUGACAAGAUUGAAUAAAUGCUAUAGCAAAUGACAGUGCAACAUAAUGUAGCUGAACAAAGUUAACUUUUUCGACACAUUUAAUCUUUGUGAUAACAUCGUUGAACAAUCGGUUUAAAACUGAACAAGUGAUUUUACCACAGUGGUAAACAUUUUCCGUUCGGUUUUGCCCUGCCCUAUAUUUUGACGUACCUAUGCAACGCUUGACACGCUCUUAUUCAUACUGCUGUCAUUGUCGUCCGUCAUUGCAUCUUGCGCAAAUGUUUUCGCUAUCGUGAAAAAUGGAACAAUCAAAAGAUUAUUUUGUUGUUGUUCAAACAAAAGAAGCGGGAAAACAUGUCCUCAGCGCAGUUCCGUGUCGAUGGGUCCGAGAUGGGUAUCUGUUUUGGCCCGGUAAAAAUGUAAACAAGUUGCGGACAAAUCUAAAGUCGGAACCAUGCACCAGUUGGAGUAAAAUUGUGUGCAGCGUCAAAAGGAAGUAUAUACCGUCCUACGAGGAAGCAGAAAUGGAAGCAGCCGAGCUGUCGGGACAAAACACAGAGAGCUCCGACGCAGCACCGCGGAAGAAAAAGCAAAAGAAAACGAUGAAGGAUGGCAGCAGCCAAAGAUUCGAUUUCAAUCAUCUGGUUCCAGCAGAUGGAAAUCACAGUACCUCCAGUACGGUAUCAGGGACCGAAUCGAAUACCGUCAAUCAAUCGAUCGUCAAUGAUUCUCAGAAUCAUCCUGAACCAUCACACAACUUGCUCUGCUCUGCAAGUAUGAAUCCGGCAAAUAACGUCGCCACGCAGUCAGCUCCCGAACAACCCGUUUUCGUGACAACAGUACCUGUCUCCGGAGAAGGACAAUCAGUUUUGGAUGGAAAUCAGGCGAUUACGACGGCGGGUGAAUACAUGUAUUACCAACAAGAACCUAUUGAUGUUGACUACAUCGUUAAGCCCGUUACGGAAAAUGAGUGCUCCAAAAUGAAGCAAGAGAUACUUUCGGCAGUUGGGACUAUGAUGGCAUCUUUUAAAAGUGAUAUGGACGUUAAGCUUGCUGCAGCUUUACGUGCCCAAACGAAACCGUUCGAUGACAAUGAGGAUGACAUAAAAUUUUCUCCGGUGUCAUGCAUCGAACAAAUCCAUGAGCUGGAGAAGAACCUAGCGGAUGAAAUCUACGCAAAGCGUUUCACCUCUUACAUGAAAAAGAUCGUUGGUUUUGUUGGUGACAACUGCAACGGAUUGAACAUUUCGUAUACACUUGUGGAUCAUUUCUUCGAACGAGGCGUAAUGAUGAAAUGUUCGUGGAGUGGGGCAAGUCGCACCACUGCUAUCAAAUUGGCAAUCAAGAAUUGUACCAACAUCCUGGACACAUUCUUUGCUAUUGUCCGCAGUGUGAAUAUGACUUUCUCCAGGCAGCUUCUUGAGCAUUUUUUCAAACAAAUUACAAGGAAUGCUAAAAAACGAAACGAAGCUAAGGGUUUGCGCCAACCAACAAUUCAUCGAAGAGCAAAACGACAGAAAAAGGCGCAAGCUACAGUGACUGUUGCUUCAAUUAGAAGUUCUAAGAGUGAUGGAAGCCUCUCGACAGACGAUGAUUCACAAUCGAGUAAAUCAUCUAACAGUGAGGUUUCGGGCAGCGAGAUGGUAGUGAGCAAGGUGGAGGAUUGGGAUCCUAAUUACAGUUCGUCGUAAUGA